GCGCUGGGUAUACUUCACGUAUAACUGUACAAAUAGGGUGGUAGCUGGCAGGGUUGUUAAUGCUCGUUUUUUUUCUGAUUUUUUUUUUCCAAUGGCGACAACACAGUUAGCCGACGAGGGAGAUUUUGAUUUGCUAUCUACAAUUUAUGAUAUCAUUAAAAGUGUCGAGAAAGAACAACAAGAUAACGCCCAAAAACUCAAGGACAGUCAAGAAGCUGGUCAAAAAGUUUUGGAACUUCAGAGAAAAUUGGAUCACGCAAGAGAAGUGGUUAGGAAGCUUCCAGGCAUUGAGCUCAGUAAAGAAGAACAGUUGCAGCAAAUUGAUCUUCUAAGACAACAACUAACAUUGAAAAGAGACCUUCUCAACAAAUAUAGAUCAAUUACCUCAUUUGACCGUGAAGCUCAAACUGAGUUUCAAAUUCAUCAGCAUUAAUUAUGGUUUUUCGUCAUUUGUUCAAUUACCUUGCAAACAACCCACAACUCAUCGAGAAACUCUCUGACUCAUACCCUGUACGCCGUGCAGCUCAACUCACAGUUUAUGCCUACCACAAAAGUAAGGCCUUAGGUGAAGGAGCUAUUCAGGAUGGGUUUAAACAAGGGGUCCAGAGACUAGAUUCAUUCACUGGAAAAUUUAAAGAGGAACUGGAAAAGGGAAUGAAAGAAAUUAAUAAAAAUUCAAAAAAACCGUGACAGUAUCUUCCAAGAAUGUUGUAUUCCUCAUAGUGUGUCAAUAAAGUAGUGCUGCUACACCAAA